UUCUUUUCUUUCUUUUCUCUUAUUUUCUCUUAUUAUUUCUUUCUUUUGUAUCAUGGGUGCUACAUGUUGCAAAGAACAAGAAGAAUUAGAUUUUAGUCAAGGACCUGAACUGGGUCAUUUUCAACUACUCAAAAUCAUUGGACAAGGUGUGUAUGGCAAAGUCCGAAUAGUCCAACACAAAAAGACAAAGAAACAAUACGCCCUUAAAUACAUUGACAAAUCCAUCUGUAUCAAACAAAAAGCCAUAGCCAAUGUCAUUCUAGAGCGUCAUUUACUCGAACGUAUCGACCAUCCUUUCAUUGCUAAUUUACGCUAUGCUUUUCAGGACGAUGAAACACUCUUUAUGGCACUCGAUCUGAUGCUUGGAGGUGACUUACGGUUUCAUCUCCACCAGCAACUCAGGCCACAUGAAGGCCAAGUAAGGCAUCAAGUGGCCUGUAUUGCGCUUUCAUUGAAUUACCUUCACAAGACAAACAUCAUUCACCGAGAUAUAAAACCCGAAAAUAUCUUAUUGGACCAAAAAGGAUAUGCUCACCUGAGUGAUUUUAACAUUGCUAUCCAAUUUGAUCCCAGUCAACCGUUAAUUUGGUCCAUGGCGGGUACAAUGGCUUAUAUGGCACCCGAAAUGUUGGCCAGAAAAGGUUAUUCAACGCAAGUGGACUGGUGGAGUUUAGGUGUGGUGAUGUUUGAACUUUUGUUUCAAAAGCGUCCCUUUGUUGCCUCGACAAAAGAAGCUUUGAUUCAUGCCAUUUUACAUGAUCCACUUGUAUUUCCAAAUGAAAUCAUUUCAAGAGAAUGCAGAGAUAUCUUGACUGGUUUGCUGGACAAAUCACCUUUUCAUAGACUAGAUUUUGAAGAUGUCAAAUAUCAUCCUUGGUUUAGGGGCUUUGAUUGGGGUUUAUUGGAACAUAAACAGCUGACUCCACCUAUUCGACCUGACAAAAAGAAUCAUAAAUUACGUAUGAUGAAUUAUAAAGAGUUUCAAGAAGAUGGACUUAAAUCACAUAAACGUACUUCAGUCAUCAGAACCAGUUUUGAUGCAGACAGUAGUCCAGUGACAAUGGAAGCAAGGUAUCGAAUGCAGUUGGAAGACGAGUUUUUGAAUUAUGAUUAUACACAUCAUCAGAUGGCGGAACAAGCAGGCGGUCAUUUUAGUAGUUUUUUGGAACAGAGAAGAAAUUCACUCAAAAGGCAAUAUGAUCGUUUCAAACGAAGAUCACAAUCCAGUUAUCAUGAUUUAAUGAUUUCAGAGUGAAAUGUUUAUAUAUAUAGUAUUGUGUACAUAGAAUAAAAUGUAAAUAUAAUCCUUAUGCAUAAAAACAAUGAGAAUAAAAUAAGAAAGUGGC